GAAGCCAGAGAGAAACUUGUCUUGGGGAUUAAUAGGAGGCAGGAGGAGGGAGAGGUGCACACAGGAAAACACCUGGACCAUGAAGGUGGCCCUGGCCUUCCUUCUCCCACUCGUGCUCGCGCUGGUGCCGGCGGCCGGCGGGCAGCGGCGGAAACCCCCGCGCAGACCCACCCGGCCGCCCGCGCCCUUCGAGGAGCCGGCCGAGCCCACCGAGCUGCCCCCUCCCCUCCCUCCGGGCCCUCCGUCCAUCUUCCCCGACUGCCCCCAGGAAUGCUACUGCCCUCCGGACUUCCCGUCGGCGCUGUACUGCGACAGCCGCAACCUGCGCACGGUGCCGGUGAUCCCGCCCCGCAUCCACUACCUGUACCUGCAGAACAACUUCAUCGCCGACCUGCCCGAGGAGUCCUUCCGCAACGCCACCGGCCUCAAAUGGGUCAACCUGGACAACAACCGCAUCCGCAAGGUGGACAGGAAGGUGCUGGAGAAGCUGGAAAACCUCAUCUUCCUCUACAUGGAGAGGAACCAGCUGAAGGAGGUGCCCGCCUUCCUGCCGCCCAACCUGGAGCAGCUGCGGCUCAGCAGGAACCAGAUCUCCAAGAUCCCCAGCGGCGUCUUCAACAAGCUGGAGAACCUGGUGCUGCUGGACCUGCACCACAACAAGCUGAGCGACGGCGUCUUCAACAAGAACACCUUCAAGGGGCUCAAGAACCUCAUGCAGCUCAACCUGGCCCACAACAUCCUGAGGAAGAUGCCCCCCGGCGUGCCCAGCGCCAUCCACCAGCUCUUCCUGGACAGGAACAACAUUGAGGACAUCCCCAGCGAUUAUUUCAAGGAGUUUCCCAACCUGGCCUUCAUCCGGCUCAACUACAACCAGAUCUCGGAUAAGGGGCUGCCCAAAAAUUCCUUCAACCUCACCAACCUGCUGGUGCUGCACCUGGCCCACAACAAGCUCACCAACGUGCCCUUCAUCAGCUCCAAGCUGGAGCACCUCUACCUGAACAACAACUCCAUCGAGAAAAUCAACGGCACGCAGAUCUGCCCCACCUCGCUGGUGUCCAUCCAGGAUUUCUCUCCCUCCGACCUGGACAGCGUCCCGCGGCUCCGCUACCUGCGGCUGGACGGGAACCUCCUGAAGCCGCCCAUCCCUCUGGACCUGAUGCUGUGUUUCCGCCUGCUGCAGUCCGUGGUGUUUUAGCCUCUCCCAGGCCCGGCUUUGCUCGGACAUUUCACCCCCGGCGGCGUUUGACACGUGGGACCCUCUCUCCUCCCUCUCCCCCCUCUCCCUCCGCAUCCCUCUCCCCGCUCCUCCCUUUCCUCCCCUGCAGGGACAGCCUUGGGGACCGCUCUCUGCAGGACAGCGCCGUGUCCCGGCUGCCACCCCAGCUCCUGUCCUUGUCCCCGAGCCCCCGAGCCGGCUCCGUCCGUCCCUUGGCACCCAGCAGAGUUCUGGGCGCGUUGGGUUCGCUCUGGAUGGAGCUGCUGGAGGAGCUGGGCUUGGAGCGUGUCCCUGCUCCUGGGGAAUGAUUCCCGGUGGAUUUUGGAGGCUGGACUGGCCUGGAGGGCGGGUGGGAUCCAUGGAAGUGGAGCGAGGAUGGGCGAUGUGGCCGUGCCAGGGGAUGGGGACACUCCUGUCACCUGGGCCCUUCUGGAGAGCUUUGGCUCCACAUUUCCCUGGAGGAGGAGGAUCUAAAUCCCUCCUGGAGCUGUGGAUUUGCCGGGAUGGAGCAGGGAGGGUGUCCUGCCCCUGGAUCCUGCGCCCUGCGUGGGCCGCACCUUCCCACACCCCCUGGGCAAGACCCGCCCCUUCCCGGCUUCAAAUCCCCCAUCCCAGCACCGAUCCAUGGGGUCCCAGCCCCACCCCAAAAUCCUGCACCUUUCCCUGUGAAAUCUGGGAUAUCGGGCCACAUCCACGGGGCCACAGCCCCAUCCCAGCAUCCUGAAUCCUUCCCUGUAAAAUCGGAGGAUGCAGGGACACAUCCAUGGGGUCACAGCCCCAUCCCAAAAUCCUUCACUCUUCCCUCUGAGGAUUCAGGGCCAAAUCCACGGCUCAGUUUCUCUCUGGAGCCAAUCACACAUGACUGGGUUUUGCCCUUUUUUUUUUUUUUUAUUAGAAAUAAAAGGAAGGGGAAAGAAAAGGGAAGAAUUAUCCUUUGGAAGAGCUAUUUUUAUCCCUUCUCUUCCUCGUCCUCACAUGUAUCGCUUCCCCCUUCCAUAGCUGUACCUGCAUUUAUAGGGUGUCCGGGUUUAGGGGGGAUUAUUCUCUUCUCUUCUUCCUGAGUCUCAGGAUUUGGAUUUAAAGGCCGAGCAUUAGAGAGGGAAAAAAAACAAAACAAAAUCCCACUGCAAUGAGCAUUAAAUAAACCAAAGAAAGCUCCUUUGUGUCCAGCCAGCAGAACUGACCCUUCCCGGGAUGGCCACGGACGGGCACCGUGUCCCUCUCCCUGCGGAUGGCACAGGGAUGCUCCCCUUUCCCCCUUAAUUAAAACCUCGUGCUAAUUAAGGAGGUUUUUCCAGACGAUCAAAUCCCUUUUCCAGCUCUCCCUGCAGUCGGGUGGGACAGGUUCCAGCCCUAAACCCGGACGGAGCCCCCGAUAAAUAGGAUUUAUCUAUAUUUAUAUCUGAUGUGUAUAUAGACUGGUAGAAUGUACAGAUAUUCCUAGAGCCACGUGUGCCUCCCAACCCGGCAACUUUAUGGGAUUUUCACUCCCACUCCCUGCAGCAGUGGAAAUAAAAUCAUUCACAAGGG